CUAACAGCAACAGUCCCUGUCACUUCAUCAACACAACAGAAAAAUAUUAAGAGUGAUUCUACCCAUUUUUCAGACAAAUAACAUUCAUUCUUUGGAACAGCGACUGUUGCAUCUUGCAAGUUUUAGCUGGAAGUCCAAGGUUCUUGGCACAAUGAAGCGGACAGGAUCUAAAUCAACCCCAGCAAAAGCACCAAUGUCUCCUGCUGCGAGGGUGCUUACCAAUAGAGCAUUAAACAGAAGCAGUCCUUGGAAAAGCCCCAAACAAAGUCUAGCUGCUCCUCAAGAACAAUCGGAUAGUGAUAAUUCUACGUACAGCCAUGAAAAGCUGGUUGAAAUGUUGGGGAGGCAAAGCUGGAAGCAAAAUCUAAGAGAAAGUGUUGUGAAUCCGACUUUUGAGCCUGGAAGAGAGUCAAAUGAAAGAUUAUCUUCAGGAAUCAAACAAAAAUCGAAAAGAACGUCAACUCAUAACCUGUCAACAAAUCGGAUUUUUCUAACUAAUGCAGAUUUAUCGGAAGAAGAGGAAUCGAAUGAUGACCCUAGGAUAGCUGAUGUUUCGGGCCGUCGUUCAUCAAAUGAGAGCUUUGGCGCAUUCAAACCCUCCGGUCCUGUUCGCCAUAGUGAGAGUGAAGACAGUGAGAUUGAGAUUCGCCGAACCAAACUACAGAGGAGUCCUCGCAAAGUGGGGGACAAAAGGUUAGAAGCUCUUCUGCCUGCGCCACCUGUGAUGAAAACCAAACACAUCCAAGAAGAAGUUGAUAGUGGCCCUGAAAGCCCAAUCAAAAUUCGGCGCAAACGAAAAAACUCAACUCUUGGCAAUCAGACACGGCAGAUAGACCUUCAACUGAAUGCUACAGAAUAUUCAGUUCAUCGAAUUGCGAACUCUGAGUCUUCUGAAGUGGACAGUCCUGACUUGAAACUACAAAAACGCAAAAAAUUCAAGAAGUCCAUGAAGGCAGAUCAGAAUAAGUAUUUUGAUUUGAGUCCAUUGAGAACAUCAGAGCCUCGGAAAUCCAACAUUCCCAGCAAUAAUGACACUGAUAGUGAUGUAGAUAUUCCACUAACCAGAAGAACUAGAGCUAAAAAGUCAACACGAGGCACAGAAAUUGAAAAUUUGAACCUUGUGCUUAGCCCAUCUUACUCAGAGCGAGAUGCUUCAAUUGUUGAAUCAAGUGAAGGUGAACAAGUUCGGCGGAAAACUAAAAAGACCAGAGAAGUAAAGAAGAGUGGAUUAAAAAUAUCUCUACCUUCUCCCGACAAGGAAAACCAGGUUGCCCCAGAUGACGACUCUGAAACAGAUCUGAGUCAUGAUGAUGUCAGGAAGCGUCGAUCACAGCGCACCAAGGACAAGGCCAACACUGAAAUCCAACUCCCUCAAAUGACUCCAGAGAAAAGUUUUGCUCCUGAAAAGGUGGCAUCUGAUGUAGACGAAUCACCACUACCUGUGCAGCGUAGACUCACUCGAUCCUUUAAAGAAAACCUUGGGACCUCGCAACCUAUCAUUCUGUCUCCAGCUACACAGAGUGACUCUCUCAACAGAAUUGGAAUAUUGUCUGACCAAGAGAGUCCAGUCAGAGUGACUAGAUCAAGAGCUACGUUGCAUAAUUCAACCCUUAUUGAAAUGCCUGUUUUGGAAGAAUCAUACAAAGAACAUGAUGAUGAAGAAGAGUCAAGCAUUGAUGAACCACUGAAAAGGAAAAGCAGGCGCUCUCAAAGGAAGUCGCCCAGGAUUCUUGUGGAUUUGCAAUCAUUGAACUCCCCUGACAAGGUAAAUCAACAUCUCCACACAGAAAUUCACUCUUCAGAUGAUGAGGUGCCCUCUAUCCAGCAUAGACAGACUAAAUCUAAAAAUUCCAAAGGGCAACCUUCAGCAACAAACUUGUCUCCAGCUCACAAUAUUUCUGAAAACCAAGCAUUAUCAAGUGAUGAAUCUGAGGAUAUAGCUCCAAAGAAAAGAGCUUUGUCGCGAAAGAGUACUGGAGUUAAUGUGAUGAAUCUUUCGCCAUUGGGAAGCCCUGCCAAGCAAAGUGCAACCAAGGAAACUGAUCAAAAUCCUGAAGAUAAUGAUGGUGAGCCAGUGGAAAGAAAGAGUAGGCAAAAUCAGAGGAAGUCAUCCAGCGCUCUUGUAGAUUUGCCUUCAUUUAACUCGCUUGAAAUGGCAAAUCAACGCGUCAAAAUUGUAAUUCAGUCUCCAAAUGAUGCGGGGCCUUCUAUCCAGCAUCGACAGACUAGAUCUAAAACUCCAAAAGGUCAACCUGCAGCAACAAACUUGUCUCCAGCUCACAAUAAUUCUGGAGAUCAAGCAUCAUCUAGUGAUGAAUCUGAGGAUAUCGCUCCAAAGAAAAGAGCUGUGUUGCGAAAGAGUUCUGGAGUUAAUGUGAUGAAUCUUUCGCCAUUGGGAAGCCCUGCCAAGCAAAGUGCAACCAAGGAAACUGAUCAAAGUCCUGAAGAUAAUGAUGGUGAGCCAGUGGAAAGAACGAGUAGGCAAAAUCAAAGGAAGUCGCCCAGCGCUCUUGUGGAUUUGCCUGCAUUGAAAUCGCCUGAAAAGGUGAAGCAAUAUCUCAUCUCUCAGAUCCAUUCACCUGAUGAAGAUGGACCCACAAAUAUACACAGGCAGAAGAGUGCUAAAAGUACUAAGGAACAAGCAGCCACAAUCAAUUUGUCUCCAGCUCGCAAUACAAUCAGAAGUUCAUCAUCAAGUGACGAGUCCGAGGAGAUAGCUUCAAGAAAAAGAGUGAUUGCUCGAAAGAGUAGCAGAGCUACAUCCAUGAAGUUGUCGCCAUUGAAGAGCUCUCCAAAUAUAAGUGAAGCGGACAAAAACAAAGUAACAGAACAUCCUCCUGACAAAGCAACAGACAAACUGUCAAAAUCUAGAGAGCAAAUCGAGACCCUGGUUUUGGAUGAAAAUCUCUCAGAGGAUGCUGAUUCUGAGGAGGAGGCAAUUGUUGAAAAGCAGGCUGAAGUACGAAAGAGCAACAAGGAAAUGACGCUGGACUUACCAACACUAAAAGAAGCCCCCAGCAAGAAAACUCCUCUGGCUAUCAGCAAAAGAAAAAGUAUAUGGAGUGCAAGCAAAGAGAAACCAACCCAAUCCAACAUGGCGUCCAGCAAAAAUUUACCAAGGAAAUCACAUGCUGCAGUGCCUCAAUCGCACACUGUAACAAGUCAAGACAAGGAUGCUCACCAGCCCUCUGAUGAGUCUGAGGAAGAGGUCAUUGUAUCCAGGAAGAAGCCUGCGGCCAGAGUGAGCAACAACGAAAUGACCUUUGAGUUAUCACCAUUAGCAAGCACCACUUUAAACAGUAGAGUAAAUUUGAGCAGCAAGAGUCUUAGUGAAUCUGACCAUUCAGCUGUUAGUAAACCAAAAACAUUUUCCUUGAAAAAGACUAGCGUGGUGAGUGAGACAUCAGGUGGUGAGUUACAACGCUCUAGAAUCCCAAUUGAAGGCAGGCCAGGCUAUCCCCAUUAUCAAUCUGGCCCAGUGGAAACUGCUCAAGAGAAAGCUCAACACAGCCUGCAGAAAAAAACUCCUGAUACACAUGUCGAUGUUGGAAAAGAAAGCUCUGAAACCCACGAACACAACAAUAAUUCUGAUGAAUUAGACGAGGAAAUUGAUCUUUCUAGCCUGGAGAGGUCAAAAGAGUCAAAGGUGAUGCGUCUGUCGUCAAGCCUUUUGAAGAAUUCACAAAUUGAGACUGGUACUCGCUCACAACACACUUUCAAGAUGGGUAACGCUGAUCAAGUCAAUACUAGUAGAUAUCCAGUUGCUGCUACUGGUUCCGAACAAGCUCUCUCCGAUAUAGAUUUCGACCAUGACUGGGAAGAAGAUCACAGCGACUUAAACAAAAAUAUCUCCAUCUCCACUUUAUCUAAGAACCACAACAUUGGAAUUGGUUCUGAAAAAGAAUCUUUCAUAGAUGAAACAGCUGGCACUAGAGCUACUUCCAGAGCUAUUGAACUAGACAAGAGUAGUGGUGUUGAAAGACAAGAUCAAGGAGAAAAUGUUGAGCAUGAUAUGCAUGAAGAGAGCGCUACUUUGUCUGAUGAACCUUCGAUCAAUGCCAAGCGCACCAAUCUUCGACAAAAAACUCCUAAUAGAAGCACACCUUUCAAAAAAUUCACUUUGUUUUCACCUGAGAAGUCGCAAAAUGUUGCCAAUGAUUCAAGCGAUGGCGAAGAAAUUCAACCAAAGCGGCAGUUGAGAAAAAAGUCCGAGAGUAAUUCUGUGGGACAAACCACCCACAGGCAAGCAGAGCCGACUCAUGGUACAGAUGGUUCGUCUGGAUCCUCCAAGAGCGACAAAGUACGGAUCAUGGAAAAUAAUUCAGAACGUCUUGGAAAGACCAGUGGAAACGUGGAGAGUACACGUCAAACUCGCAAAUUGUCUCUGUUUGCCUCAAAGCAACGAGCCCAGUCCUCACGGUUGAUUGCAGAGACGGAUGGAGAAGACGCAACCAAAGUAAAGCGAAAGGAUACUUCAAACUUGCACGAGUCAAGCACCAUGGAAUUGGAUUACUCCAUACUUGAAGAAGAGUCUGAUACACACUCGACUUCUAAGAGGUCCAACAAGGACGCAAUAAGCAUGUUUCUUGCAUCAGACAAAGAUGAGUCCAAUGAAUCCCAUAAUAGCGCCAAUGUUGCGUCUACUGAGACUGCGGCUCAACAGAAUGCUCCAAAUAAUACUGAUUCAGACACUGAGAAUGAUGAAACACCUGUUGUAUUCAAAAGGCGUAAGAUCUUGUAUAAAAAAUCGAAUGAUCAGCCGGAACUGUCGCUCAAGCUUUCAUUUCAAAGCAGUGGAAUAGGUGGCAAGUCGGCUGAACAGGUGGGAAUGCCAAAACCUCCAGAUGUUACUUCUUUAAAUAGCGGGAAGACUUCAAGUUCUAAAGAGAAAGAAGUUUCUGAACAAACUUCCAGCAGAGAUGAGAUAUCGUUAACUGAUGAAAGAAUGCAGCGCCACACAAUGUUUCAGUACACUGGCGACUCAAAUGUAAAUGAUAUACUUCUCUCAGCUAAAAGAGUAUCCGCCCUCUCUAUUGAUCCGCGACGUUCAGGCAAGACAUCGCAGCAAAAGGGGGAAUCUGCAUCCUCUGCUACUAACGCCAAUCAAAAGAAGACUGGAAUCAUAAGGAAAUCCCAAUUUUCGCAAGAAACUGCAAAAAGAAAUUUGCAAAAGCAUUUGGAGCAAGCUGAAGAGGAAUUUUCUCAGUCGCACGAACAGCCUGGAAAGGAAACUGAAGAGCCUAGAACGUCAACACCGGUUGGUGAUGUAUCCUUGACGGUGGAAGACGUGACAGAUGCUGUAGAUCUAAUGGAAACCAAUGGGGAGCAGAACAAAAACAGUUCAGAGGCUAGGUUGUACACUGCAGAAGAUUUCAAGACUGCUAUUUCUCGCUUCGUGCGGCCUCAGCAAUCAACUAAAUCUAAAAAGAUAUUCUCACUUGCUGACUUGGAAAGGGCGAUGGUGGCUGUUCGUUCGCCUAGCAUGAUGAUUGAUUCAAGCAAACGAGACUCCAUUCAAGGUGGCAAAAACUUAUUCAGCCUUCAGGAUUUCGAGCGAGCGUUGAUGAAACUGAAGAACAAAUCCGUGUUGGGGGCCAGAUACAGCUUGAUGGGGAUGAAUGAAAUCAGCAAUAUCACAUUGGCUCAAAGUGCUGCUGCCUCUAAUCCAGCUCAAAGGCCCCAAAUUAGUGAAACAGCAAAUAGUGCUGUGGAAGAGCAAGCAGAGUCUCGGACUAUAGUGUUUGACACUCCAGAACAAUUUGAGGACAAGGGGGAAAACCAGACAGUUUACGCGACGCCCUCUGACCCUGGAAGUGACAGUAAUGAUGACCAGAAGACAGAAUCUGAGAGCCAACAUACUGAGGAAGAAAGCGAGUCAGAGCACACAGAGGUUCAGGAUUCAGACGAGAACACAGCCAGAACAAUUGAAACUAGCCCAAGCGUCAACGCUGACAAUAAUUCAGAUGGGCCAAGCAUCAAUGAUGGAAACUUGGAUGUGUCUGUUGCGCAAGAGGAAACUCAAACGCAAGAAAAUGAGCCUGAUGAAUCAAUGUUGCCGGGUCCAAGCGGGGCUGAUGAAAUCAAUGGCGAUUCCUCUGAGGAAGAGAUUGUUGCGGCAAAGCAGAGUAGCCAGAAGAAGAGUGGAAAUUCCAGUGGUGCGCCAUUACCCUUGCAUCAAAGAAUCCAGUCUAUCGGAAAACACCAGUCCCUCAUCACCUCUUUCCUCAGCCAAGCUUCUGCCUCCACCAGAACUUCAGUCAGAAGAUCUAUUCUUCAGUCAGGAGAAAUUUCGCCUCCCCCUUGGCAACACAUGCUAGGAGAUCCUAACGAGUCUGGAGUUGCUUCCAUGAAAGAUAGAGAGCUAAAGAGAACGCUCUUUUUGAAGGAACAUCAAGAGAGGAAGAAGCGAAUUGAAGCCAAGCUUGCUACCAAAGAAAAAGAGUUCUCUACAGUGAAAAAACGUGUGCCACCCAGCAAGCCCACUGGUAUAACAAAGAAGAAGACUGCUAGCAAGAAUCCAACAAGGACCAAUACUGGAUUCACGCAACCUGAUAUCCUUAAAGAACUGAAGAGAGAUCAGUGGGUGAAUAAACGCCUGCUCAACAAGCUGGAUAAAUACUUCAAGAAUGGUCCACCUAGAGUGAGGAAUGACUUUCUCAGGACUCUCUCGGUGAACAUCAACAGUGUGUUGAGACAGAAGAAGGUGAAUGAAGCAAACGUAAGGAAGGUCAUGAGGGCCUGCCAUAAAGCAGGCGUGGCCAAGGAUUUCAACGAGUUUGCCAGGUUUAUGCGAGAGUACCUCCCUACCUCUUUCGAAACAAAAGCAUUCACCGACAAACUCUUCCGUGAGGAAUACUACUUUUUUGAAUAGAGCAGGGCUGGCAGCAGGUCCAAUAAAUAUUGCAUUUUCCUUGUAAAUAUACCCAAACAUUCAAUACAGAAGUUUUGAUUCACUCCCCCCUGUGUAAAUUUUCCCUCUAUCAUCUCUAUUCAAGACUAAAUACCUCCUGUGAAGUGAAACACAACCAGAAACGUAAAUCUAUCUGUUUGCCAACAAAUUUCAGUUGCUUAACUGUGUAUUACAUUUUCAAGUAGGAUUAUUUUGUAUUUGUCAAUAAAUUUUGUUACUUUCUCAAUAACA